AUGGCACUACCGACUCCCUCGGGCGGAAUGCGUCUAGAUGUUGGAGACCCGCUUGACUGGACAGUCGAUCAGGUGGUGCAAUUCCUUUGCCAUAACCCCGAUACCCCAUGGUCCCAAUCAACGACUGGAGCACCUCGUCCUGAUCCUGCCUUGUUGGAACCUGCACUCCGUGAGAACCUAGUGACCGGGGAAGUUCUCUUGCAUGAUGUGAACAAGGAAACACUACGCGAUGAACUGGGGUUGAAGGCUCUUGGUCACCGUAGUUCAAUGUUCAGGGCAAUAGAAUACCUCCAGCAGUUGUCACCCAAAUAUCAGUCCUCCCGAAGACAACCAAGCAUCCAUGAUGACCAUAGCGUUGGCUCGCUCAGCCCGUUUAUCUCCAGGCCCCCCGGUGGCUUCUCCCCGGCCCCAAACCAUGUAAUGCGGGACCGAUCUCUAAUCCCUGCGAACACACAUACAAGUCCCACCAUACCUUCAUGGCCAUCUGGAGGUCUUAACUUAAGCAAUGGCAAUACGGAAGACUCAUCGCACACACCAAUACACAGUGAAGACAAGAGCAUGCCCUUGGCAGGCACCGCAAACCAAGACAAGAAUGCCCCAAAUGCCUCAAGUACACCAAUUCUGGAACAGUCUCAAGAUAACUCCAACUUGGAUGCUGCCCGGGCGGGAGAGCAAAUUGUUGGUGAUGAACAAGGGCGUAAACGGCGAAGGUUGAAUUUGGUGUCUUCCGCUCCCGCAGAAGUCUUCCAGACCAAAGAAUGGUACAUGGGGCCCGACCGAGUAACCAUUUCCAAAUUGUUCUAUUAUGCAGAUGCGGAUGAAAUACCCUCCGCUGAAUUGGACAAGGACAAUGAUUCUUUCUUGAUUGUCGGUUCACAGUGUCCACCGGCGCAACGUUUCGUCGUCAAUAAACGGCUCCGAUACUUCUACAACCAGAAGCCCAUCAAGCUGAAGGCCGCCAAAGGUUUUAGCCAAUGGGCAGUGGUGCCUUACAAGGUCUCUGACGUUCCCGAUGACAGUCCCAAACUCUUUACCCUAUACACUUUCCGAGGCAAGAGAGUGACUGUCAGCAAGGAGCAUAUCGAUGCGUGGCCAGUCUUGACAAAGCUCUUAAAAAUUUCACAGCCAGCCGAGGCUGCAGACCGGUCUGACCCUUUCUCCUAUCUCCUACGAAAGUACCCAGCCCAAGACAACGAUGAAGACGCGUUCCCCGUGUAUGGUGAGUCAGGCUCAGAAGGAGAGUUUGAUGAGGAUAUUUGGGAAGAGAUCCAAGAGGAGAAGCGCACCAGGUCACCUAAGAGACCAAAAGAGCUCACACUGUCUGAGAUUGAUUCGACUAUCCAGGAGUGCAUUCACAACUAUGAAACGGAGUGGAAUGAGAAGUGCCGGCCAAAGGAAGAAUUCAAAGCCUACAACCUCUGGCAAGCAGCGAUGCAAACGAAUUCAAGAUAUCGAAGGAUCAAGGAGCUCUCACGAGACAAUUCCCUUCUCGAAAAACGACUACAGAAGUUGAUCGAGGCAAUUCGUGAGGGACACUACACUACGAAGUCGGAACUACAACUGCAGUGCCAGAGCAUGGAACAGACAGUCAUGAACGUACAAAAACAGAAGUGGCGUCUCUCGGUUUUGAACUUGGAGAAUGCUCCUCGCCCUGUUCCCGCUCCGCCCAAAUCCGUAUCGAAGAAGAAACCCGUGUCCAAGGACAACGACGAGGAGUCACUUUAUUCAGACUCAGAUGAUAUGGGCGACUUUAUCGAGUUCGAUACUAUUGCUGCUCCUGCUAACCAUCGACGCACUGAGAAAACGCCAUCUGUCGGUAGCGAUGAUAGCGACGAUGACAUUAUCAGUCCGUCUGGCCUUCUACGAAGAUCGAGGCAGAGUCGCCGUCCCUUCAUGGGAUCAAGUUCUUCUUCCCCACCUCCGCGAUCGAAUCCCAUUCCUCCAGUCAAGGACAUAGAGACUGUUGACCUUACAGCCGAUUCUCCGCCUCCCGAUGACUUUGACGUCAGAACUCCACCGUUGAAUCCUGUCGGUCCGACUGAUAGGGUUGUCUCACAGCCCCUUGAGGAUCCUUUCAAGGCCGAAGGAAGCCCUUCCCCUGGCCCUGCUCUGACGUCUAGCUUGAUGGCUACUAUACCACCAGAUGCUACCGAGACGCACCACAAACGGACCCCUUCUGGGAAAUUAUCACCUCUCCCUGAAAUUGGCGAUAUUGAUGGGAUAUUGUCAGUGCCUUGGGAUGUGCUAGAGAAAGGCAAGCAUCGCGACAUAUUGCUAGCGAAAUUGAUCGCAAUUCUUCCCGAAGAUGAGCGGAUUUCCAUGGCGGAAAGAAUCCCUACAUACAAUGUGAGCGAUCUCAAGCAUUUGAUCCGUAAGGCAAUCUCCACAUUGCUUGAGAGGAAAGACAGGAUUGAUGGAUUGAGCCCGUCCACAAAUCAGCUUAUCAUGCGAACGGCGUCUUUCUACAUCUCGUGGGGAAAUUGCGUGCGUCUACAGCUAAAGGGGAUUUUAAAAGAGCACAUCCUGAAGGCGCAGAAUGAGAUUCACAGAUUCCGGGACUUCUUCAAGGAGCUUUGUGCCCGCCUAGCGUCAUCUGGCUUGGAAGCGAUGCAGCCGGACGCGAUGGAUACUCCUCACAAAAGGCGGAAGAGACCAAUUAAGGAAAGCCAGGAAGCAAAGAGAGAGCAAGAAAGUGCACAGAUACGUGCUGCGUUGCAGACAAAACAAAAGGAGCGCUUCGAGAAAAAGAUGAAACAACUGGGAGUAAGCAACACUGACCCAACACGUCAAGCAGUCAGCUUCGGGGAUCCAGUCAUCUACCUCGACCCUCAAAUAGGAAAAUACGUGAAGCAACACCAGCUUGAGGGUAUCCGAUUCAUGUGGCGAGAAUUGAUGGAUGAGAAGCAGCAGGGCUGUUUGCUAGCUCACACAAUGGGCCUAGGGAAAACCAUGCAGGUGAUAUCACUUUUGGCAACUAUAUCUGCUGCCGCAUCAUCGACCGAUCCGAACAUUCGAAAGCAGAUUCCUAAAGCAUUCCAUCGAUCCCAGUCACUGAUUCUCUGCCCGUCAUCUUUAAUCGAUAAUUGGUACGAAGAGUUCUUGAUGUGGACCCCCGAAAGUGCGAGUAUUGGCACCAUUCGACGGAUCACUACGGCACUUUCUGUUGCCGAAAGAAUACAGGAAGUGUCAGACUGGCAUACAAAGGGCGGCGUUCUCAUACUGAGCUAUAACAUUUUUCGCUCCUGGGUCUUAAACAACGAGACAGCCAAAGGACGGAAGCCCCUUGAUGAUGCACGCCAUAAACAAGUUACGGAAUGGCUUUUACAAGGCCCAAAUAUCAUCGUUGCCGAUGAGGCUCACAAGCUCAAGAAUCCAAAGUCAAAUGUUGCUAUCGCGGCAAUGAAGUUUCGGUCUCGAAGUCGUAUUGCCCUCACGGGAUCCCCUCUGACCAACAACCUUACUGACUAUUAUACAAUGGUCGAUUGGAUUUCGGAGGGCUAUCUUCCCCCAUUCACCGAGUUCAAUGCAAAUUACAUUGAGCCUAUCCAGGAAGGACUGUAUUUGGAAAGCACGUAUAGAGAGAAACGAACAUCUUUGGUCAAGCUCCAGGUUCUCAAUAAACUGCUUUCACCGAAGAUUAACCGUGCCGACAUUACUGUGCUUGCUGGAGAACUGCCUCCCAAGGUCGAGUUUGUCCUUACAGUACCCUUGACCAGUCUGCAACAGUCUGCAUACGAUUCAUACGCCGAAGCUACUUUGCGAGGUGUCGGUGGGGAUUCCGUUGUGGCUACGACACUCUGGUCGUGGCUCGCAGUCUUGCAACUUUGUUGUAACCAUCCGUCAUGCUUCCUAGAAAAGCUCGAAGGCCGUGCGAGUAAAACCAAGCCUGGCGCGGAGGCAGCCCCCGGUGAUGAGCUCAUUAAUCGGGCGGGUAUUGCGAAUGCAGAUCAGCUGGUUGCGGAUCAAAAACGACUCUUUGAUGCUGAGCCUGACGUGAAAGCACCGAAACUGUCCUAUCGUGCUCUCUUGUUGGACAAAAUAAUCGACAAAUCUGUCCGGGCUGGGGAUAAGGUGUUGGUUUUCUCCCAUACUCUACCCACACUGGACUACAUCGAGCAUGUGUUGCAGCAAUCUAAUCGUAAAUAUUGCCGUCUUGAUGGGAAGACACCUGUCGUUAGUCGACAAGCAGCGACCAAGAAGUUCAACACCGACGCCAAUCUUGAAGUCUAUCUUAUUUCGACACGCGCUGGGGGGUUAGGCUUGAAUAUCCCAGGAGCUAACCGAGUCAUUAUAUAUGACUUCUCGUUCAGCCCCUUCUGGGAAGAGCAGGCCAUCGGUCGUGCCUAUCGUCUGGGACAAGUGAAGCCGGUAUAUGUGUACCGUUUCAUUUCCGGGGGCACAUUCGAGGAGGUCAUGUACAACAAGGCUCUUUUCAAGACGCAGCUUGCCCACCGGGUAGUGGACAAGAAGAAUCCGAUCCGCUUAGCAUUGAAGUCUCUUCGAGAGUGGCUCUUCCCAUCAAAGCCUGUUCCCGUCACUGAUGUGACCGAAUUCCUUGGGAAGGAUCCUUCUGUUUUGGAUGAGAUCAUCGAAAGCGAUGAUGGUGACAAAAAGGCGAUUCGAAAGAUAACCCUGACGGCGACGGGCGAGGGAGAUGAUAACGACAAAUUGACCGAGGAAGAAAGGCGAGGAGUCCAACAACAGCUAGACGAUGAGCGACUCAGACGCACGGAUCCUGAAGCCUAUACCAAAUUAAUGAUGGACAGGCAACGAGAAGCACUAUACAACCUUCAGGCUCAGCAGCAAAGCAUGGCUAUGUCCCAAUGGUCGUCCUCUCACUUGCCUUCCCAAGGGGUCUUCACAGGUCCCACCAACAUUGUGCAUUGGCAGCAACAUCAGGCGAUUCAACGAACAGUUCCAGCUAGUGCCCAUAAUACUGGCCCUCCGGCACUUGCCCCAGAUAUGAGCGUCUUUCAGCAGGCUCGUGGGUUAGUGACUCCGGCGCAGCUAAAUGUUCCAAUAGGCGCAAAUCCUCCGCCACAGGACCAGGAUGCAUCCGCCGAGCAGUCCACUGGAAUUGUCUCCAAAGAAGCACGGAAUCCCAUGGCAGGAGCAAACGGAUUCGAUGGUCCAGCAGAUACCGAAGACGCUUCAAGCGAUUCAGAGUCAGUGGAUAGGUCGUCGGAUAAUGACUGCAACCCGCAAUAG